AUGGUGUUGAAUUUAGACGCUCUAGUGAGAAACCCUGCUAAUAGGGAAUUCUUCCAGAUAAUCAAGUCCAUGAGAAAUGGUAUUGUUUAUGGUGGUAGAUUGAGGUUUGCACACGCUUUAGUUAUUCAAUUGUUAUUCAGAAGAUCAGUACCUCUAGAGAAAAGAUUGAAGUUGGUAUUUAGGCAAGCUAAAGAUCAUGGUAGUAUUCUUGCAUCAUUUGCUCUGAUAUACAAGCUUUUGAUGAUGUCCUUGAAGAAAUUGAACGGUGGUGCUCCAAUUAAUGAAUUCAUUUCAGGGUUCAUUGGUGCUUUGAUAGUCUAUGGAAAUAGAACUCCAUACUUUAACCAUUCAAUUGCACACCAAAUAACAUUGUAUUGUGCAGCUAGAGUGUUACUAGGACUUGGGAAGAUGUUGGCUUUCAAAAUUGCCAAAUAUUUGAAAGAGGAGCAUGGAUUCCAUAAUAAGAAACAUAUCAGACAUGCAAUUGGAACCAAUACCUGGACACUAUUUGCAAGUGUUUCUUGGGGGCUUGUCAUGUAUUUGCAUCGCUAUUAUCCAUCAUUCUUACAACAUAGUUUAGAAUCAAGUAUGGUUUAUAUCUAUGAUGAUUUCAAAUGGGAUGAUCUCAAAUCACUCUUGGGUAUUUAA